AUGGCAACGUCGAUAGGUAAUAACACGACAUUGUUGUAUCCACCGGAUUAUAUGGUUCGUCGGGAAAUCAAUCAAUACGUUGCGAAGAUUAAUUUUAUCCUCGCAUUUGCUCAAUCAUUCGUAUCGAUGGGCGGUCUUUUCGGCAAUGUCUUAGUAUUAAUCGUGAUUAAUCGGAAAUCUUUGAGAAAUACGUCAUCAGCUGUUUAUAUCACUUAUAUGGCGAUAUUUGAUAGUGCAAUCCUACUUCUGCAUGCUGCUAAUCUAGGACGACCACGCCGAAACCUGUUCAUUCAUUGUUCAUUGACCUAUCUGACAGAUCUAUUUACAUUCUGUGCCAACUGGGUCUUAGUCAUUAUAACACUAGAACGUUGUGUCGCCGUUGCAUCACCAUUUCUCGCCAAACGAUUUUGUACUGCACAUUCAGCACGUUACUCUGUAUAUAUCCUCGUAUCUGUCGCUCUUCUUUUCUUUUCCACUACGUUUCCAAUUGUUUACCAUACCAAUGAAAAUUCUCAUCACAAAAAAUGUGUCAUUCGUCCGCAGUAUGGUCUUAUACAGCGUGUUUAUCAACCGAUUAUUUUCUACGGCAUACCUGAUCUAUUGCUAUUAUCGAAUCUUUUCACUGUUUAUUGUCUAUUUCAACGACGAAAACAACAGAAACGUCUGUCCGGUGACGAAAGCUCGGAAUUACGUGUAACGGACGUGCAUUCAAAUCGUAAACAACGACAACUAACAAUUAUGCUCGUGACAGUCAACUUUGCGUUUUAUUUAUUCACAACACCUGCUUCGAUCGUCUACAUAGCUGAAUCUUCACCACCAAAACAUCGCGAGAUCAGUAAACUCAAACUUUCUAUUCUUUUCUCGCAAACAUCUGUUCUUAUUCUACAAUUACAUAACGCUACAAAUUUCAUAUUUUAUUGUUUCACCGGUCAACGAUUUCGCCAAGCAACAAUCGAAACCUUCUAUGAGUAUUCAAUCCAAUUGAAAAUUUUCUAUCAUCGAUAUGUUCUCUGUAAUAAAUACUAUCGAAUCUCGUCAAGUCAAAUCCAGAAACCAUUUCUAACCCCACCAUCGCACUCGAAACAAACCAGCGUUUAA